AUGGGUUCCCGCAUAAUUCUUCUGUCUGCGCUCCUUCUCGCCAUAGGCGGCGCCGCCGCCGCCGGCAGUAGAUCUUGGAAAAUCGCCACCGUGGUUGACCAGGCGGACAAGUGCGCCGGCCGCCGGAUCCACAUUCGCCGACUGCCGGCCAGAUUCAACGAGGAACUCCUCCGCAACUGCUCCGCCUAUUCCCCCGCCUACGACGAUUUCUGCCCUUACCUCGCCAACAAUGGCCUCGGCCAGAAGACCUUUAACCACUCCCGCUCCUGGUACCGCAGUGACCCGGCGGUGCUGGAGCCCCUCUUCCAUAGCCGCCUGCUCGAGUACCCAUGCCUGACCGACGACCCCUCCGCUGCCGACGCCGUCUUCCUCCCUUACUACACCGCCAUCGACGCCCUCCGCUACCUCUACGGCCCCUUGUGCAACUCCUCCUUCGAGCACGGCGUCGAACUCUUCGAUUUCCUCCUCCGGGACGAUCCCGGCAUAUGGGCUCGCCGGGGAGGGCACGACCACUUCCUGGUCAUGGCGGGGCCGGCGUGGGACUUCUCCCAGAGCCCCGCAGCCGAUCCCCCGAUCUGGGGCACCUCCUUCCUGGAGCUGCCAGAGUUCUACAACCUGACGGCGCUGGUCUUCGAGUCCAGGUCCUGGCCAUGGCAGGAGCAGGCGAUCCCUUAUCCGACGUCCUUCCACCCGGCGAGCCUCCCCCGCCUGGAGAUCUGGCUUGGCCGGGCCAGGCGGUCGCGGCGGCCGACGCUGAUGAUGUUCUCCGGCGGCGGCGGCGGCGGCGGCGGCGGCGGCGGCGGGACAAACUCGCCGCCCAACAUCCGGCGGAGCAUCCGCGCAGAAUGCGAGAACCGCACGGCGCUCUGCGAGUUCGUCGACUGCUCCAAUGGCGUCUGCGAGCACGACCCCAUUAGAUUUAUGCGGCCGAUGCUGCGGUCGGUCUUCUGCCUGCACCCGCCGGGGAACACGCCGACGAGGAGGGCUACCUUCGACGCCAUGAUCGCCGGCUGUAUUCCGGUGUUCUUCCAGGAGGAUUCGGCGAGGUCGCAGUACGGGUGGCACCUGCCGGCGGCGGAGUACGAGCGAUUCUCCGUCCACAUCCCCAAGGAGGAGGUGGUGGCGAGGGGGCUGAGCAUCGCCGACGUGCUGCUUGCCAUUCCGAGGGCGGAGGUGAGGAGGAUGAGGGAGCGCGUGCUAGAGCUGGCCCCGCGAGUGAUCUACCGCCGGCACCAGAGCUCGGAGGAGCUCCGAUCGAGGAAGGACGCCUUCGACCUGGCAGUCGAAGGCACGCUGCGGAAGAUCAAACGGCGGCUGCGAUCUCUGCAAGAAGGUGAGGUGGAGCUCUCUGCGGCUCUGUGA